AUGUUGGGCUCUUCACACACAACGCUUGGUUCUUUGGAUUGGCACAAAUUCAUUCUUGUGUCAUUUCUUCUUCUCCUAUUAUUACUCACUCAUUCACCCAACAGUUGGAUACAUUCAGCACCUUCUGUAAAAUAUAUCAUCACAACAGUGGCAGGAAAUGGCAAUCAAGUGUAUCAAGAAGGUUGUGUCAAUGCUUUGGAAUGUGGAAUGUUUCCGUUUGCAUUGCAUGUCACUUCCAACCUUGAAAUUUAUUAUUCUGACAGCCCCAACAAACGAAUCAUGAAAAUUUCAAAAACUGGCAAACUUAGUACCAUUGCUGGUAAUUCAACAGCACCCAAAUCCACCGCGUAUGUUGAUAAUAUUCCUGCAGUAAAUGCACAUAUUCAAUUCGCUGCAGGUGUUUAUGUACAUCCAUUCACACAGGAUGUCUACUUUGCAGAUACGUUCACAGACAAAAUCAGAAAAGUAUCGAAUGAAACAGGAUUGGUCACGACAUUUGCAGGCACCGGUGCAGACUCAUCCAGUGGAGACGGAGGACAUGCCUUAAAUGCAUCCCUCUGGCGACCCAUGGGAAUUUACAUGAAUCAUACCACCAAUGAAAUGUUCAUCACUGAAUCCUAUGGAUUGGAUGGCUUGGUUCGAAAAGUCUUCUCCAAUGGAACCAUCACUACCAUUGCAGGAAAAGGAAAUGCAGGUGAUGGAAGUUUGGCAGUUCAAGCACACUUGUUCAGUCCAUGUGCAGUUCAUCAGACCAUGAAUGGAGAUGUAUUCAUAUUAGACAAGGGUGAUCAUGUUCUAAGAAGAAUAGAUGCAAGGACUGGAAUUAUUUCAAAAAUUGCAGGAAUUUACUCGUCGUAUGGAUACAAUGGAGAUGACAUUCCAGCUACAAGUGCUAAAUUGUUCAACCCAUUUGGAUUUACUGUUGCAGAAAAUGGAGAUGUGUACAUUGCAGAUUAUGCAAAUUGUCGAAUUCGAUAUAUUAAUGCCUCCACUGGAAAUAUUACAACCAUUGCAGGGAAUGGAACAGAAGCAUUUAGUGGCGAUGGAGGUCUGGCAACCAACGCUGCAAUUUUUAGACCCUCAUCGAUUGUUCGAAUGCCAACUGGUCAUCUCUAUUUUACAGAUUUUUUUAAUCGAAGAAUUCGUUUGUUAACACCCACAUGUGAUGACGGUUUCGUAUAUGUGGCAUCGAACCAUUCUUGUGCUGAUUUUGAGUGUUUUGGAAUCAAGUACAAUGACAGCCGUGUUUGCCACUCACAUGGAAAUUGCUCAAAUCUGGAUGUGUGCUCAUGUCAGGAAGGAUAUGUUGGCAAGGCGUGUGAAAUUCCUACUUGUGAUGGAAUUCGAGGAGAUAAUGCAACUGUUUGCUCUUCACAUGGAACAUGCACUUCGUUCAAUAAUUGUACCUGUCAUGAGGGAUAUACUGGAAAUGAAUGUAAUAUUCCAAUUUGCUUUGGAUAUAGAGCAGAUAAUUCGACCGUAUGCUCUUCAAAGGGAAUAUGCACCAGUUUCAAUAACUGCUCUUGUGUGGAGGGAUAUACUGGAAAUGAAUGUCAAACUUCUAUUUGUUAUGGAGUUAGGGAUGAUAAUUUAACCGUAUGCUCCUCUCAUGGUGUAUGUUCAAGCUUUAACAAUUGUACAUGCCAUGAGGGAUAUACUGGAAAUAACUGUGACACUCCAAUCUGUUAUGGUACUAAUGGAGAUAAUACGACUGUUUGCUCUUCUCAUGGAACAUGUAGCUCGCACAAUAAUUGUACUUGCUAUGAGGGAUAUACUGGAAAUGAAUGUCAAACUUCUAUUUGUUAUGGAGUUAGGGGUGAUAAUUUAACAUUUGUAUGCUCUUCACAUGGAACAUGCACUUCGUUCAAUAAUUGUACUUGCCAUGAGGGAUACACUGGAGAUAGGUGUGACAUUCCAAUUUGCUUUGGAUAUAGAGCAGAUGAUGUCUCACAUACUUGUUCAACGUUUGGAAAUUGUGUGGACAGGGAUACAUGUGCGUGUUUAAGAAAUGAUAUAUUUUUUAAGGAUUGUUCCUUACUUUGGUUGAACUCUCAAACCAUUGCUUUGAAAUUCACUCAAACGAGUAGUCAAACCACCAACACUGAACCAACAGCCACAACUCUUCAACUUGGUUUUGAGCAUCAAGACUUUUUGAAAUUCUAUAAUGGAAAAGUACUCCAUGCAGUAUUGGAAUUGCAACUCAAUGAAUUGCAAGUUAUUGGAAAUGUGACUGCUUUUAUUGAGAUAUGGGAUGGUAAAACCUCACUGAAAAUCUCGAACAAAACUCAAUCAUUGAAUUACUUGCAAGUAGUUAAUGCUCCUCCACCCAAAGCCAUUUCAUCACCAAUCAAGAACGAUCAACAAGGAGGUGUAGACACGGUUGCUAUCGCCGUUGGAAUUAGUGUCCCAUUGGGAGUGUUAUCAGUGGUAGGAAUAACUACCUUAAUUGUUGUCAUUGUUGUCAUUUUUGUGAAAAAGGCAAAAACAGCCAAUCAUCUGGCUGUUUCAAAUCAAAUAGAAAUGACAGGAGUGUAA